AAAUGUAUCUUAUGGGUUGCUUUAUUAAAAAUAGGUACUUGCCUCUCUUUCCUCUCCAUGACUGAAAAGGACUCAGAUUUGCUUGCGAAUGCAGUGUGCUACCAUACGACUCAUUUAUUACAUCUGUUUACUCAUUAUGAGGACUAAACAGGCACUUCUGGUGGAGGCACAGCUGUUAUGCCACUGAUUAAGACCUGAGUGUAUAUUCCUGUUAUUCCAACAAUCAUACAUUAAGCAGCAUCCAGCUCCAUUGAAACCAGCUGUGUGUUUUUCAGUCAAGGUGGUGCACCUGCUCUCGUCAGCUCUGCCUCCUCCCCAUCACCCCCACCCUUCCUCCUUGACUACAGUACCCAGAGCACAUCGCGCCUCUCUCCACUCGCUCUGUGCUGCGCCAGUAAGUCCGCCCCGCUGACUCGCAGAACCAGUUGGUUUGGCCCAGCGUCUUCUUUUCCUGCCUCCUCACUGUGUGUGUACUGCUGCUGCCGCCGCUGCUGCUGUUGUUGCCUGGUGUCAACCUACGCCAACGAGAGAAAAAGAAGACAUAUCCCUCCCUCUCUCACUCCUCCACUGUGAGACGGCCUUGACUUUUUUCCUCCACCUCCUCCUCCUCCUCGCCGGCACCGCUGGCUUCCGUGCCGUGCCAGUCAACUCGCCUCCUUCCCCGGCUCGAGUUCAGCAGCAACAAGCUCGGAAACAUCUGGCCGCCGCAGAGUGCUACACUCCCCCUGUUCCUGCAAAGCGCCUGCUCGACCUGGCAGCCUGCUAUGGAAAUUAGUCCAAAGUCAACCUAGUUUGGUCUCCGAAGGGAAGGAAAAGAAGAAGAAGCAGAAGAAGACGGGGGGAAUUGACGGAGGAGGACCUUGUUGUCUGUUAUGAGGACGGCAGGAUGGAGUUCCCAGACCACAGCAGACAUCUACUCCAGUGUCUGAGCGAGCAGCGGCACCAGGGCUUCCUGUGCGACUCCAUGGUGCUGGUGGGCGAUGCCCAGUUCCGCGCCCACCGCGCCGUGCUGGCCUCCUGCAGCAUGUACUUCCACCUGUUCUACAAGGACCAGCUGGACAAGCGAGACGUGGUGCAUCUCAACAGCGACAUCGUGACGGCGCCGGCCUUCUCCCUGCUGCUGGAGUUCAUGUACGAGGGCAAGCUGCAGUUCCAGGACCUUCCCGUGGAGGACGUGCUGGCGGCGGCCAGCUACUUGCACAUGUACGACAUCGUGAAGGUGUGCAAGAAGCGCUUGAAGCAGAAGGCCACGGCGGAGGCGGACAGCACGCGUAGGGAGGACGAUGGCGGCUCCAGCUGCUCCGACAAGGCCGACAGUUUGUCCGACGGUUCGACGGGGCAGCCCGCCACGGCCGACCUGCUGCACAGCGACGAAGAGGAGGAGGGGAAGGCCGAGGGAAGCCAGCUGUGGCUGCGGUUGCCGUCGGCAGACAGACCGGGGACACCGGGCGGGGCUGCGGCCAGUCCGGGGCACGGAGAGGCGGCGAGCCAGCCAGGUGAAGGCCUGGGAGAAGGGGGCAAGGCGCUGUCGCCCGCCGGCAGCCCCAGCAGCUCCACUGGGUCGCUCUCCCAGAGAUCCCACCGCUCCAUCAGCUCCCGCGCCGGCCACAGGGGCAGGAGGGUGUCGAACGACGCGGCCGACUGCGUCCUGGACCUGUCGGUGAAGCCCAUUGCCGUUAGCAACCACCAUCCGUCUUACUUCAGCGGGGCGGCUACGCCGGACAGCCUGCAGAGCCCGCUGGCGGUGAGGGUGAAGGUGGAGAGGGGGGUGGCCUCCGACGAAGACGAGGAACUGGGCGGGAGCGACUACAACAUGGAGCACAGCGGCCUCGGUAAGACGCAGGUUCCCAGCGCCAACGGAUGCCUGAGCCACCACGGAGUGGGCGGGCCCCUGUCGGCCCAGAGGCGGCUGGGUCUGGAGGCCCACCUGUCGGCGCUGCGCGAGGCGUCUCUGGCGUCGGAGUUGGAGAGGGACGAGAAGCCCCCGGCCUCGGCCGCUGCCAACGAGGACAUCCUGGGGGGGGAGAACGAGCACGCCCAGGCCGAAGCGGCCAGCAUGGACAACUCGCUGCUGCCUUACGUCUCCAACAUGCUGUCGGCCCAGCACACCCAGAUCUUCAUGUGCCCGCUGUGCAACAAGGUGUUCCCCUCACCGCACAUCCUGCAGCUCCACCUCAGCUCCCACUUCAGGGAGCAGGAGGGCAUCCGCUCCAAGCCCGCCGGGGACGUCAACGUGCCCACCUGCACCAUCUGCAGCAAGACCUUCUCCUGCAUGUACACGCUGAAGCGCCACGAGCGGACACACUCGGGUGAGAAGCCCUACACCUGCACCACCUGCGGCAAGAGCUUCCAGUACUCUCACAACCUCAGCCGUCACGCGGUGGUGCACACCCGUGAGAAGCCGCAUGCGUGCAAGUGGUGCGAGCGGCGCUUCACGCAGUCCGGGGACCUCUACCGACACAUCCGCAAGUUCCACUGCGAACUGGUGAACUCGCUGUCGGUGAAGAGCGAGCCGCUGGCGCUGCCCAACGUCAGGGAUUGGGCGAUCGAGGACAGCUCCCAGGAGUUAUGGAAGUAGAGUCGGAUUGUCGGGUUUGAACGAGGCUUGGGGAGGUGAGAGGAAGGUGGCAGAGUUAAGCGGUCGGGGGUUUAAGUGAGUCAUGUUCUUAUUCGUUGCGACAUCUCAUUCAACCGCACUUUAAUAGCACAUGAAAAUGUUACUACUGACUUAUUUUUACCGUCUGUUUGGGGGUUUCUGUUUUAUUUUAUUUUGAAGUCCCGUAACAAUUUGGCAUUAGUUCUCUUCUGUUGUUUUUUUUGUUUUUUGGUGUGUGUGUGUGUGUGUGGCGUCUGAGGACACGGCUCCCUCCCUAA